AUGUGUUAGGAUCUAAAAUUUUAUUUAAGCAAAUUACAAAAAGUAAGCUAAAUUUUUAACAAUUUUUAAAACUUAUUUUUCUCCUGUUUCUAUUUUUGGGCAAAUUUUUAAUAUUACUUUUUUCUGGUUUCGUUUCUAGAUUAUCUAAAUCUUCUUCUUAUUUUAAUUAAAUGCUCUAUUUUGCUUAGAUAUAUUUUCAAUCAUCUACGAUUUCAAAAAAUCUAAAAUUUCUUUUUCUAAUUCUUCUAUUUUAUUUUUCAUACUCUAUGUGAUUCAAAUCCCUCAGAUAAAUUUAGUUUUAAAUUUGACCUUCUUUUUCCUCUAAAAUUUUUUAGAAUUGUGCUAUUGUUUAUAUAAUAGGUGGAUCUGUAUAAUUCAAUUCAUAUGUCAUUUUAUAUUUUUCAAGUAUGUUUUACUAUAAUUUUGCACUUAUAUCAUAUAAACUUUUUUCUUUUAUUUCUGCUUCUUUUAUUCUUCUGCAGACUUUUCAUGAAGAUUAUCUUCUAAAAUUUUGUAUUAAUGUUUAAUGGAUAGUUUGUUUUUCUGUUUCUGAUUCAUCUAAUCUGUCUCUUAAUAUUUUUUUGUUUGUCUUCUAAUGCUUCUAUUAAUUUUGCUUUGCAUUCUUCAUAUGCUUUCUUAUAUUUAAGAAAUUGUUUGUUUUGUUUUAUAUAUAUUCUAUUUAGCAGCUUAAUCUCAUUUGUUCUAGAAGUUAUUGAGUUUUGUUGA